AUGUUUGACAAUGAUUUUAUUGAGAAUACAUAUGAUGUUUCGUAUUCAUAUUUAUUGUCUUUAAUUAAAGAAAAUAAUUAUUUUUCUGUUAAAGAAGUUUGGAAAAUUAUAUGCUUGACUUUGGCUAAUAAUGCAACAAAUAUGAACUUACUUAGAAUUGACGAUAUUCAGGAAAAUAACUUUCAAAAUUCUAAAGAUAAAAAGCUUCAGUUUAACAAAUCGAUGAGCCUUGCAAAGAAAGCUAUUACAUUACAGGGUGAUGGUAAAAAUGAUAACGAAUUGGACACUCUUCUAAAAAAUUAUAUUGAAAGAAAAACUCUUCAGUGUGAAAAAGAAACUAAGGAAAGGGAAAUGAGAGCUCUUAAAGAGAAUUAUAAUUCAAGAAAUGUUUUAACUGUAGAAACCGAUAAUGAACAACGAAUUUAUAUCGAUGAUAUUGCUAAUCCUUUACGGCAUGUCGGAAAGGGAGCUCCAAAAAAGACAUGGCUUAAAGGCGCACAAGAAGAUUAUCAGCCGACAAAAAAAGGCUAA